CUGAGAGAGCAUGUGAGCCGAAUGCAACAUGGCUUCCCGCCAUGUCGAUGUCAACGAGCGUCGGCUUCGUCCCGUUUAUGAUGCUUUGGACAGCAUGAACAACAAACUGGCUAUCCAACUCGCAGACAAAAUUUUAAAGAAACAGAAAGACCUGUACUGCGCCAAGGCUCUUAAAGGACUGGCUUUACUGCGAUCAGGAAAAACUGCUGACAGCGAGACUAUUAUGGAGGAAAUUAUGGAAGCGAAACCGGCGGACGAUCCCACGCUCCAGGCAAUGACAAUUUGCUACAGGGAGAUGCAAAAACCUUGUCCAUACAUUGUCAGUACAGUCACCGAGAAACAGACACCGCGGAAAUACGUUUUCGUCACGUCACAGUAACUGGUCAGUGGUCAUCAACUUUAGGCUGCCAAGUGCUUCCAUAUGUUUGUAGACUGAGUUCAAUGAAGACAUUGGCCUUUUGUGUGGUUUUAAGUAGGAAAAUAUGCAUGAUACUUCUCCUUGUUUGUUAUAUUUGAUCCUUUGAAUGGGUUUUUAAUACUAAAACCCCGUCUUAACAAUUAGCGGUAUAGGGGAGUCAUUUUGUUUGGAGUUGUGUGCUGUUUGCUGACUUAGACUGGCCGUCCAGUUAGGAAGUGUGAUCUUGGUUCUUCAGUCGCCCUCACCUUCAGAAUUGUC